GGACUAUUAUUCGAAGCAGCUAUGUUAUUUGCUGUGAUUGAGUUUGAGAAAAACUCAGGUGAAGGAUUAGCUAUUAUUCGUGAAGAGUGGAUGACUCUGAGAAAAAAAGAGUGCUUUUGGCCUCCUUAUAAGAAUUCGAUUGCAUUCAAUAAAUGCCUGUUAAAUUCAAAAGAUACACAUGAAGAAACUUGGCCCCUCUAUGAGAUGAAGAGAGUUUUUUAUAGAACAGAUGAUAUUCGGAAAGCUAGAGAGAAGUUGAGGAAAGCAGAAUCAGAUUCUGAAGUUCUCACUGAAUUUGAUGAAGGUGGAAAAGAAAAGCAAAAAAGAAGACCGGUAAAGAAAAUACUAUUCAGUAGUGACAGUGAAGAUGAAGCUCCGGUUACAAAACAAAUUGAAUAUCCAGAACCACCUUCAGAACUACUUGUUGAUGUAGAAGCUCAACACAUCCUGACAACGAAUGAAUCAUUCAUAGCAGGGGAUUCAGAUUUGGAGAAGCCGAUUGAAGAGUCAUGCCUGGUCUCUUCAGAACACACUGCUGGCCACAACAUAUCAUUUACUCCUCAGGGUACAAACAGUGGGCAUUCAGUUACUUCAAGUUCAUCUAAAGGGCUCGAUGUUCUUGCAGGCCAUUUGGCAAGAAUAAAUAGAAGAUUGGAUGAUAUUGAAAAGAAUCAGAGUGAAAUUUUAGCAAGGUUGUGUCCAACAAAGCCUGCUAUGAACAUUAUUCCUCCUGAUAUAAAACUCCCCUGCAAAACAUUGGACGAGAUUAGUGACUUGGAAGAUUGGUUGCUGGACGACACUAAUAAACAAUCUUUGGUGCUGUAAGGAAACAAAAAAACUUAUCAAGUGCUACGGAUGAUGAAAUAAAUACCAACAUUGCAAAUUGGUUCAGAUUUUCGAAGGAUAGAAAUGGAGGACGAGAGCAAAGACGAAAGGACAAGCCAAGACAAGAUCACCAGGACCAGCAGAGACAGUAAAAAAUACCAUGGUUUAUCAAAAAGAACUAAUAACAGAAAGUUAGCAAAAGAAAAACAAAAAAUCAAACAACAGUUACUUGAAUUGUGCACU